GCGUUUACCGGAAGCAUCUACGUGUACACAUUCGCGACGGUUCAGGAAGUAGGGUUGAGGAGGUUGUUGUUCUUUCCCGUGAAGGAAUAAACAAAAAACAGCGCCAUGUUGCCGACCACCUCGCAGCACAGCAACGGCGCCCUCAGCGCCAGGGACGCCGCUCGCCACACGGCCGGCGCCAAGCGCUACAAGUACCUGCGGCGGCUGCUCCAUUUCAGGCAGAUGGACUUUGACUUUGCCUUGUGGCAGAUGUUUUACCUGUUCACGUCGCCGCAGAGGGUCUACCGCAACUUCCACUACAGGAAGCAAACCAAGGACCAGUGGGCCCGGGACGAUCCGGCCUUCCUGGUCCUGCUCAGCAUCUGGCUGUGUGUGUCCACGAUAGGUUUUGGUCUCGUGUUGGACAUGGGGGCAGUGGAGACCCUGAAACUGCUGCUGUGGGUGGUCUUCGUGGACUGCAUAGGGGUCGGUCUGCUCAUAUCAACCCUCAUGUGGUUUAUCACUAACCGAUAUCUGCUGAAACAUCCCAGCAGAAACUUUGACGUGGAGUGGGGCUACGCCUUUGAUGUUCACCUCAACGCUUUCUACCCACUUCUAGUCAUCCUGCACUUCCUGCAGCUUUUCUUUAUUAACCAUGUGGUGGUGAUAAAUUCAAACUGGUUCCUGGGUUACUUUGUGGGGAACACUUUGUGGCUCAUCGCGAUCGGUUAUUAUCUCUACAUCACCUUCUUGGGCUACAACACUCUGCCCUUUCUGACGAACACCGCCGUGCUGCUCUACCCCUUCGCUCUGCUCGGCCUCCUCUACGUCCUGUCCGUCUCAUUGGGCUGGAACUUCACCCAGGGUCUCUGCUGGUUUUAUAAAUACAGAGUCCAGUAAAAGAGGUUUGGGUUUGUGUGUUGGACGCAAAUCGGCCCUGAGCCGACGUGAAACCUGUUUCUGGCUCUACAUCGAAGUGAUAAAGAAUCCAGCUCCUGUUGGUGGACCGGGACCAGACUGACGCUGAUCUGGUGGACUCUACUGUUGAUCUGGAUCCCCGGUCCAUAAACUGAGACACGUUUGGUCCAGCUGCAGAAGCAAGGAGACGGAUGGGACUUUUAUCCAAUAUUCUUUUUGUAAAUACUUUUUCUGAGGAGAACUUGAAUUUGUUUGUUUUCAUUAAGACAGAAAAGACUGAAAACCUGCUUAUUGAGGAGAAGACGAAGUGGAGAAACGUGAUGGAUGUUCACUUCCAAUA